AUGAAUCAACCUCAAUUGGAUAAAUAUCAACCAGGUACUACUUUAACUGUGGGAUCUCAUAGCAUACGUAUCAUUAAAUACCUAACAAGUGGUGGGUUUGCUCAAAUAUAUAGUUGUGAAUUAUCUAAACCCGAUGAUUAUAUUCAUUCAAGUUUUGCAUGUGUUAAAAGAGUCGUUGUACCAGAUAAAGGAAGUUUAAAUGUUCUUAGAGCAGAAGUAGAAGCAAUGAAAUUAUUAAGAAAUAAUUCACAUGUUGUAUCAUAUAUCGAUUCUCAUGCAGCUAAAUCACAUUAUCAUAAUGGAUCAUAUGAAGUCUUUUUAUUAAUGGAGUAUUGUGAAAAGGGUGGUUUAAUUGAUUUUAUGAAUACAAGAUUACAAAAUAGAUUACAAGAAUUUGAAGUACUUAAUAUAAUUUUACAAAUUACACAAGGUGUUGCUGCAAUGCAUUCUUUAAAUCCACCAUUAAUUCAUCGUGAUCUUAAGAUAGAAAAUGUUUUAAUAUCAAGUCAAAAUGAAUAUAAAGUUUGUGAUUUUGGUUCUGUCUCAGGAAUUAUUAGACCACCUUCUUCACAACAAGAAAUGGCAUAUGUUGAACAUGAUAUAUUGAAAAAUACAACAGCUCAAUAUAGAUCCCCUGAAAUGAUUGACCUUUAUAGAAAUUUACCAGUUGACGAAAAAUCAGAUAUUUGGGCAUUAGGUGUCCUAUUGUAUAAAUUAUGUUAUUACACAACACCAUUUGAAAAAGGAGGUGAAACAGCAAUUCUUUACUCUAGAUAUGAAUUCCCACAAUUCCCACAAUAUAGUGAAAAUUUGAAAAAUUUUAUUAGAUGGAUGUUAUUAGUAAAUCCAAUUGAAAGGCCUAAUAUUUAUCAAGUAGCAGAACGUGCAUCUCAAUUGUUAGGAGUACAAUGUCCAAUUAAAGAUUUUUAUGCAGUUAGAAAUCAUUUACCUCAUGUUGCUAGUAUGCCACAAUUAAAUAUAAUGGGUCAAAAUGUAAAUGCCCAGAAUUUAAUGCAAGCACAACAUAUGGCAGUUCACAUGGCACAACAACAUAUUCCAAUACAAGUAUCUCAAAUCUCUCAGCCAUAUGUAGCUACAUCAGAUGAAUUGCGUAGUAAGUUGACCCAAGCAAGAACACUUGAUAAUUUAUCUUCUGUGGUGGCUCAUGAUGUUAAUACUUCACCAGGUUAUAUUAAUGAAAGUGUACAAACGUUGGAUAAGAAUCGUAAGUUACGUCUUUCUAAAUCUGUUUCAGAUAAUAUACAGGCACCGAUUGUAUUGUCACCGGUAUCCACAUCAUCAAGUGAUGAAAGCAGUUCAGAUGAAGAUAAAAUAUUAGAAACGAUAAAUUUACCUCCAAGAAGGAAAACCAAUAUAGCACCAAUAUACAAUAAAAUGGAUCCAAUAAUAUCAACUUCUGAAAAACGUCAAAAUGAAAUUGACUUAGAGAAGAAGAUUAAAAAGGCUAUUGAGUCAUCUCGAAAGGAAUAUGAGCAAAAUAAAGAGAUUAUGGAACCAUCAAGAAUUGAGGAAAAUAAUUCCUUAUUUGGUGAUGAAAAUGAAAUUCAUGUAAUGACAGAAAAUGAGAAAAUAGAUCAAGUUGAUACUAAUAAUAGCCCGUCUAUUGCUAAUAAUAUUAAAGCCUUUAAUAGACCUCCGACAGUACCAAAGCAUGUCCAACCUAAAAAGAAAAUCGCCAACGAAUUGAAUGAGUCAAUGAUAGAUCAAAAUAUUCAAUUAGAGACUGAAGAUAAAACGGCAAAGAUAAGUGAGGAGCAAAAAUUACAAAAUAUAAAGACAAAAGAAAUGCUGAGACAAAAAAUGAGGGAUAAAUUGAAUCAAUCAGGUAACAAGUUAGCUUCAAAAGAUAAACCGUUAACUAAGAAAGUAGAACCUGAUGUAAUCAAACAAACUCCAAAGGACAAAUCCAAACCAAUUAUUCCACCUAAACCAGAAAGGUUAAAACCUAAGAAACCUGCAAAGCCAACAUUCUUAUCAGGUAAUGCAAUUGUAAAUAAAGUUUAG